AAUUGGGCGGGGCCAAAGAGAGAGAGAGAGUGUGUAAGUGUGUGCGAGGAGGACUCUGCACGGAGGGGUCAGCAAACUGUUGCAAACUCUCCGGACCGACCCAGCGACCCACCGAGCGGACGAGCGAGCGAGAGCUCCCCGAGUCACCGCAGCCUGUGACCGCGCUCGAGCACAGGGAAAGCCGCGCGGCAGUCGUCGCCACACGAAGGGUGUUGAAGAUGGCAGUGUGGAUCCAGGCCCAGCAGCUCCAGGGAGAUGCUCUCCACCAGAUGCAAUCUCUCUACGGUCAGCACUUUCCCAUCGAAGUGCGACAUUAUCUGUCGCAGUGGAUCGAGAGCCAACUCUGGGACAACAUUGACUUGGAGAACCCGCAAGAGGAAUUCAAGGCCAAACGCUUGUUAGACGGGCUGAUCCAGGAGCUGCAGAACAAAGCGGAACACCAGGUGGGCGAGGACGGCUUCUUGCUUAAAAUCAAACUGGGACACUACGCCAGCCAACUCAAGAGCACGUAUGACCGAUGUCCUCUGGAGUUGGUGCGCUGCAUCAAGCACAUCCUCUACACCGAGCAGCGGCUCGUGCGGGAGGCCACCAAUUGCAGCUCUCCGGUGGGCGGACUGUUGGACAGCAUGUCUCAGAAGUACCAGCAGAUCAACCAGGCCUUCGAGGAGCUGCGACUGCUCACCCAGGACACGGAAAAUGACCUGCGCAAGCUCCAGCACAACCAGGAGUACUUCAUCAUCCAGUACCAGGAGAGCCUGCGCAUCCAGGCUCAGCUAUCCAGCCUUGCCACACUGCCCCCUGCUGACCGACAGUUACGAGAGCCCACCUUGCUGAACAAGAGAGCCACCGUGGAAGCGUGGCUGACAAGGGAGGCCAACACACUACAGAAGUACAGACUGGACUUGGCGGAGAAGCACCAGAAAACAUUGCAGCUGCUGAGGAAGCAGCAGACGGUCAUCCUGGACGACGAGCUGAUCCAGUGGAAGAGACGGCAACAGCUGGCAGGCAACGGGGGCCCGCCAGAGGGGGGCAUGGAUAUCCUGCAGUCGUGGUGCGAGAAGCUGGCAGAAACUAUCUGGCAGAACCGGCAACAGAUCCGGAGAGCAGAGCACCUCAGACAACAGCUGCCCAUCCCCGGUCCUAUCGAAGACCUCCUCAAUGAACUCAACAGCACUAUCACAGAGAUCAUCUCAGCUUUGGUCACAAGCACCUUCAUUAUUGAAAAACAGCCCCCCCAGGUGCUCAAAACCCAAACCAAGUUCGCCGCCACCGUGCGCCUCCUGGUCGGCGGCAAGCUGAACGUGCACAUGAACCCACCGCAGGUCAAGGCAACCAUCAUCAGCGAGCAGCAGGCCAAGGCGCUCUUGAAGAACGAGAACACCAGGAAUGACAGCAGUGGAGAAAUUCUGAACAACAACUGCGUGAUGGAGUAUCACCAGACCACGGGCACACUCAGCGCUCACUUCAGAAACAUGUCCUUGAAAAGGAUUAAGCGGUCGGACAGGAGAGGAGCCGAGUCGGUCACGGAAGAGAAGUUCACCAUUCUUUUUGAGUCCCAGUUCAGCGUCGGAGGAAAUGAGCUCGUCUUCCAAGUGAAGACGUUAUCGCUGCCUGUUGUGGUGAUAGUCCACGGGAGCCAAGACAAUAACGCCACGGCGACGGUGCUGUGGGACAACGCUUUUGCGGAGCCUGGCCGCGUGCCUUUCCUGGUCCCGGACAAGGUGCUCUGGCCUCAGCUGUGCGAGGCCAUUAACAUGAAAUACAUGGCGGAGGUGCAGAGCAACCGCGGACUCUCUGAGGAGAACCUGGUCUUCCUCGCCCAGAAGGCUUUCGGCAGCUGCAGCACCAGCAUCGAAGACGAUCGCAAUAUGACCAUGACCUGGUCACAGUUUAACAGAGAAAGCCUGCCUGGCAGGAACUUCACAUUUUGGCAGUGGUUUGACGGCGUGAUGGAACUGACCAAGAAGCAUCUCAAGCCACACUGGAAUGACGGCGCUAUACUGGGCUUUGUAAACAAGCAGCAGGCUCAAGACAUGCUGAUGUCAAAACCCAACGGCACUUUCCUCCUGCGCUUUAGCGACUCGGAGAUCGGAGGGGUCACCAUCGCCUGGGUGGCCGAAAACCCCAACAAAGCAGGAGAGAGAAUGGUGUGGAACCUCAUGCCCUACACAACCAAAGACUUUACCAUUCGCUCUCUGGCCGACCGCAUCAGCGAUCUCAACCACCUCCUCUUCCUCUACCCCGACAGGCCCAAGGACGACGUCUUCUCCAAGUAUUACACCCCUCCCCUCUCCAAGGCGGUGGACGGCUACGUGAAGCCGCAAAUCAAACAAGUGGUGCCUGAGUUUACAACGGCCAAUCCCGAUCCAACGAGCGGUAACGCCACCUACAUGGAUCACAGCGCCUCUCCGGCUCCCGUCAGUCACCCUCACGCUUACGGCUUGUACCCACCCAUGAGUGAACCCAUGUUGGACGCUGACGGAGAUUUCGACCUGGACGACACCAUAGACGUGGCGCGCCACGUGGAGGAGCUGCUACGACGGCCUGUGGAGAGCCACUGGGGCGGCCAGCAGUCGUGACCGAGCUAGCGAGCGAGCGAGCGAGCAACCGGCUCAUGGUUUCAAUUCCAAUCAUCUCAUCUGUUUUGCCCUCUCCCUCCAUUGCUAUAAUGUGAAAUGUUCAUAACGGUUGUGGUUUUAUUUUAUUGUAUCGGCGUGAGAGAGCAUGUGACUCUUCUUCUUUCAAGUUUUAUUUGUGUCCAUAAGUAUUUGUACAAGAUUUCAAUGUAAAACAAAAGGCAGACAGUGUUAUAUAGUAUUGGUUAAAAAAAACAAAAACAAAAAAAAAAACACAAUAGUGUUCAAUUGUCAGUGUGCAUGCGUUCACUUGAUUUUAACAUGCUACUGUAUGAAAAAAAAUUCUAUGUUAUAUUUCUGUUUUUAAUGAAUGUUGUCUGAAUGUUGACAAAAAAAGCUGGAACGUUACUCAAAAACCUCUGGUUACAGCAAACACUCGCACACACAAAAAAGUGGUGACACGCUCAGCGGAUGAUGGAACCUCGCCGGGUGCACCUUGGCACCUUUGUCUGAUGCUUUUCAAAAAUGCUGCCUGCUUGUUCUCUCAGGUUAAAUACACAUUGUUGGAUCUUUGUGUAAUUUUCUUUUCUCAAUCUGAGUUGUUUGUACGCUUGGUGUUGUCGUCUUCUGUCGUUGUGCUUUGGAGGCCUUUCCAGAAAGAGAAAAAACAGAACAGCUGUCAUUGGCAGUGAAGUGACAAUUGAAAGAAAGAAAAAAAGAACUAUCGCAUACAAAUAAACGCUCUAUUUUUUAAGUUUAAA